AUGGUUGUAAAUGAGGCUCCGUGGUUGACGCGUUGGAUAGAGGCAUUGUUAGUCGUUGCUGUCUUUUUAAUUUGCUGCACUGCCGACAUGCUCAAGUGUAAUAAUGGAUUCACCUACAAAUGCUCGGAUAAUGGUUAUAGAACAUGCAGGCGCGAACCCCAAAGUUCGUUCUGCGACGAUUUGGUGCUCCCUACAACAGUUAUGAGAGAACUGAGGCGCUGUAGUUGUGAGGACCGUAAGUUCGCUGAAUUACUGCUUCACGUCGUCGAAGUUGGUGCUCCCAUUGCUGCUGGUGGGUCUGGAGGGGAAAAUAUCGAGCGCAUUCCACUAGCCCCGCUUUUGUCAAAUGCUCUGAGGGGUUCCAUUGGCGAUAAGAUCGUGGGCAACAGAAGUAGUGGUAUUUUUAGGGUGCCUGUGCUUGAGGCUCUUCGAAAGGAAAUUGGACUGACUGUUGACAAUUCCACUCCGUGCUUGAAUAGUGAGAGCACCUUCAAGGUUUUUCACAGCCAUGAUAGCGUGCUGGUUCCUGGCUCUGUGAACUUGCUGGAGGAAGUUAAGGCUGCCAUACCCUUUGAUGACGGCGGUAAAAGUAUGCCAGGAAUACGGAGCGCACUGGAGGAACUCCUCAAGCGACGUCAGCAGCCCAACGAACCUGGGGCGAGUUCUUGUAUGUUCGCCCACCUUAUCUUCAUUGUCGUCGGUACUCCUGGAAGAGGUGGAGUGUGGAGUAAUAAUGAAAGUGACACGCGACAUGCUGCGCUACAGCUGAUGGAAGUGCAAGCGCACAUCCGACGGACCAUUAGCCGAUUUUUGCGUGGGAAGAGGAGAUACACUGGCAUGUUGGGGACUGUGUGGUAUGUGGGUGUUCCAGUUGGGUUUCCAGUUCAUAACAACAGUGCCACUGAUGGAAGAGCUGCAGAAAAUGGGCGGACAAGGUCAUGUGACGUUGGUGAUGGACUGCCACGCUGCACCAUGAACUGCACGGCUCAUACGCGGCGGUUAACUUUGUAUAAAAGUGUGAAUGGAGAGUUAGAAAGAAUGGUGGGCUCCCAUGGAAGGCGCCUUAGUGCCCGGACGAUUAUUCUUCCGUACAAUGAUUACUUCAGCACUAUAGGUAAUUUACCAGGGGAAUCUCAAUGGGUGGACUGCUUUACGCUGUCCAGUGGUGGUGUGGCGGAGAUGGCUCGGCUUCUUGUGGAGGGACUGUGA